AUGAGUUUACAAAUUUCUAUUUUAACACCAGAAAGACCUUUUUGGAAUGGUCAAGCUGAUGAAAUUAUUUUACCAACAGAAACAGGUGAAAUGGGUGUUUUAAAAAAUCAUGCGCCUAUUAUUACAGGGUUAGAUGUUGGUGCUAUGCUUAUCCGUGGUGGUCAAGCUACAGGUUCAAAAGAUGAUUGGAACUCUUAUGCUAUCAUGGGUGGUUUUGCGUUAGUGAAACAAAAUCAAGUAACAAUUUUAGCAAAUGAAGCUGUUUCAGCUGAAAACAUUAACCCGGAAGAAGCUAAAGAAGCUUUUGAAUCAGCAAAAGUAAAUUUAGAAAAAGCAGAAGGUGUUAAAGAAAAAGUAGAAGCAAAUUUUGCUUAUAAACGUGCUAAAGCACGUUACCAAGUCGUAAAAGUACUUAAAAAAGUUUAG